UGUCCACAGACACAGAUCAUGUGAUGUGGUAAAAGGCCAAUCACAGCGGCCUUUUACCACGUGAUCAGCCGUGUCCAAUGACACGCUGAUCACCGGGAAAUGCAAUUGCCAGUUCUCGGCUGCACUUUCCUCACACUGGCACCGAUGAUCGGUGCCCAGCAGUGCCACCCACCAGUUCCACCCACCUGUGCCCAGCAGUGCAACCACCUGUGCCACCCUGCAGUGCCACCUACCUGUGCCCAUCAGUGCCACCCACCUGUGCCCAUCAGUGCCACCCACCUGUGCCCACUCACCUGUGCCCAUCAGUGCAGCCCAGCAGUGCUGCCAGUCACUGCCCAGCAGUUGCGCCAGUCAAUGCCCAGCAGUGAUCCCAGUCAGUGCCACCUAUAAGUG